AUGUCCUUUGAAAUCCAGCCCCAAACAUCAAAUGAUGUACCAGAAGCCUUUGCAGCAGCGCGAAAAGCAUUUACCAGGUUUAAUAGCAUGCUAUUCAGCCCAUUCCCACUCUCGGCGGAGUCCAUGGAUGUCUUAGCACAAAAUAGGGUUGAAUCCUUCGACAAAAACCCAAAAGCAAAGUCUUUCAAAGCCGUGGAUCGCGAGACCGGCGCAAUCAUUGGAGCCGCAAGAUGGAGUAUCCACCCAGACGGCGAUAUUAUCGAGAAAACCGUGGAGGAAGAGAGCAACGCCGGAGUCAAGGCUUUCCAGGUGCCUGAGUUGCGUGAAGAUGUCGCUCGCGCAUUCUACGCGGGGCUCCUGGAGGGAAAACGCGAAAUAAUGGGGAUCAAAGAAGCUGAAGAAGAUGGGAAAGUGCUCAGAUUGAAGCCAAGGGUGGAUUUGGAAUCUCUCUUUACGCAUCCAGACCAUCAAGGCAAGGGGGUUGGGAAAGCGUUGUUGCGGCGGUGUAUCGAGGAAGCUGAGGAGUUGGGCUUGGUUGCGUAUCUGGAGGCGACGGAGGAGGGACAGCCGCUGUAUGAAAAGUGUGGGUUUGAGCCACUGAGAACGAACAUUUUUGAUGCGAAGGAGCUUGGUGGUGAGGGAACGCACCAGUAUACGUAUAUGAUAAGGACGCCGAAGACGAAACCUUCUGACGCUGCAGAAUGA